GGGCAGCUCGGGCAGAGCCCUGACUGGCUGUGUCACCACGACAGGAAGCACCAUGAGACUCCUCCUGGCCGCCCUGCUGUCCCUGUCCCUCGGGGAUCUUGGACUGGGCCGGGCCACCCCCAAGGAAAAUGUGCGAUGGUGCACCAUAUCCCAAGACGAGGUGACCAAGUGCUUCCGACUGCAGAGGAACAUGAAGAAAGUGAGGGGCCCUCCAGUCUCCUGCAUCAAGAGAGCCUCCUACCGUGACUGUCUCCGGGCCAUUACGGAUAGCAAGGCUGAUGCCAUGACCCUGGAUGGCGGGCAGCUGUACGAAGCGGGGCAGGCCCCCUACAACCUGCGCCCCGUGGCGGCUGAAGUGUAUGGCACAGAAGCACAGCCCCGGACACACUACUAUGCUGUGGUUGUGGCCAAGAGGAGCAGCAGCUUCCGGCUGGACCAGCUGCGGGGCCUGCGGUCCUGCCACACCGGCAUCCGCCGGACUGCUGGGUGGAGGGUCCCCAUAGGGCUGCUCCGUCCGUUCUUGAACUGGACGGGACCCCCCGAGCCCAUAGAGGCAGCUGUGGCCAGAUUCUUCUUGGCCAGCUGCGUUCCUGGUGCGGAUGGAGCUCGGUUUCCCAACUUGUGUCGCCUGUGUGCAGGGACAGGGACAAAUAAAUGUGCCUUCUCCACGCAGGAGCCGUACUUCGGCUACUCUGGAGCCUUCAAGUGUCUGAGAGAGGGGGCUGGAGACGUGGCUUUCAUCAAGGCGAGUACAGUGUUCGAGGACCUGCCGGACAAGGCCCAGCGGGACCAGUACAAGCUGCUCUGCCCGGACAACACCUGGAGGCCGGUGGACGAGUAUAAGCAGUGUCACCUGGCCCGCGUCCCUUCUCACGCUGUCGUGGCCCGCAGUGUGAAUGGCAAGGAGGACUUGAUCUGGGAGUUUCUCCACCAGGCGCAGGAAAAGUUUGGAAGAAACAAGUCAUCGGCAUUCCAGCUCUUUGGCUCACCCCGUGGGAAGAAGGACCUGCUGUUCAAGGACUCCUCGCUGGGCUUCGUGAGGGUCCCCAAGAAGAUAGACACCGGGCUGUACCUGGGCUUCGGCUACCUCUCCUCCAUCCGGAACAUGGAGGAAACGGAGGCGGAUGUGGCCGCCAGGCGCGCGCGGGUCGUGUGGUGCGCGGUCGGCCCCGAGGAGAAGCGCAAGUGUGACCGCUGGAGCAGCGUGAGCGGCGGCAGAGUGACCUGCACCUCGGCGCGCACCCCAGAGGACUGCAUCCCGCGGGUCAUGAAAGGCGAGGCGGACGCCAUGAGUCUGGACGGAGGGUUCAUCUACACGGCGGGCAGGUGCGGCCUGGUGCCCGUCCUGGCAGAGAACCAGAAAUCCCAAGCAAACCCAGGCUCUGACUGCGUGAACAGACCACCGGAAGGGUACCUUGCAGUGGCAGCGGUUCGGACAUCGGACUCUGGCCUCACCUGGAACUCUCUGAGAGGCAGGAAGUCCUGCCACACAGCUGUGGACAGGACCGCGGGCUGGAUCAUCCCCAUGGGCCUGCUCUUCAACCAGACUGGCUCCUGCAGAUUCGGUGAAUUCUUCAGCCAGAGCUGCGCCCCAGGUGCGGACCCCGCGUCCCCCCUGUGCGCACUGUGUGUGGGCAACGACCGGGGUGAGAACAAGUGCGUGGCCAACAGCCAGGAGCGCUACUACGGCUACACGGGGGCCUUCCGGUGCCUGGCUGAGAGGGCCGGAGACGUUGCAUUCCUGAAAGACUCCACCGUCCUGCAGAACACCGAUGGAAAGAGCCCCGAAUCCUGGGCCAGGGACCUGAAGCUGGCGGACUUCCAGCUGCUCUGCCUCGAUGGCACCCAGAAGCCUGUGACAGAGGCUCGAAGCUGCCACCUGGCCAUGGCCCCAAACCACGCUGUGGUGUCUCGCAGAGAGAAGGCGAAACUCCUGGAACAGGUGCUGCUGGACCAACAGGCUCGGUUCGGAAGAAACGGAUCCAGGUGCCCAGGAGAGUUUUGCCUGUUCCAGUCUGAAACCAAAAACCUUCUGUUCAAUGACAACACCGAGUGCCUGGCCAGACUGCAGGGCAGAACCAACUACGAGACGUACCUGGGACGGGAGUACGUCACAGCUACCGCCAAUGUGAAGCGCUGCUCCACCUCCGCUCUCCUGGAAGCCUGCGCUUUCCUCAGCCAGUGAACCGGGGGGAGACCCCUGUCCCCAGCGCCCCUCUGCCGGGCCCCUCAGCCUUGAUUGGAUCCGAGUGCUGGGACUGCAUCCUCCUCACCAAGGACCAGGGUUCCAGUCCCUCUGCUUUCACGGCUUCCUGCUGUCGCUUAGGAAGAAAUAAACUUUCUGACUGAAAGGAGAAA